AUGUGGGGCGAUUUCAGACACAGCCGUAGAGAUUAUGAUGUUCUAGACCAGAGCUGUGUCCCAACGGUGCUACUGAGUCUCCAUAGCAACCAAACGACAAACAUGGCCAACCACAGCGAGAGCCGCUCCAAACGAGUCUUUUUCAACAACAUCGAUUCAUACUCAUCCAAAUAUAUCGCGCAGUUCUUGUCGUCGUGUGUCGUCGGAGAGUCUCUCGCUGCUGAUGAAGAGGAGGAAGACAAACAAGAACAGGCUUCAGAAGGCGCACGAUUUCAGAUAGUUGGAACAGUUGCGAAUAAAGGUGCAAAAAAACAACGUUUUGCAUUGGAGGAAUAUUGGUCUGUGAGUCGAGAGGAGCUCCUGCAGUAUCUGAUGCAGUGUGAUGUUAUUGUGUAUAAUAUCACUGAACACACUGAUCUCAUUGAUGAGGCAACAUGGGCCAUUUCAGCCCUGCACUCUGAAAUUGAACAUUUUGGGUCUUCAAAAAUAUUUAUCCUGCUGUCAACAAUCAUGACAUGGGCAAUGACCAAACCAGCUGAUCCUGAUGAUCCUGACAUUCCCUUGACUGAAGACGACUACAAAAGACGAAGACCACAUCCAAACUUUAAAGAACACACAAGCACAGAGAAACAUGUGCUUAAACUGGGGAAGACUAAAAAGUCAAAGCUGUCUACUUAUGUUGUAACAUCAGGGCUGCAGUAUGGAAUGGGCGAGAACAUGUUUCACUUCUUCUUUAAAACAGCUUGGCUCGGAGAGCUUAGCAGCGUUCCUGUUUUUGGCCCUGGGACAAACAUCAUUCCUGCCAUUCACAUCCACGACCUUGCAAGAGUGGUGCACAACAUCAUCGAUCACAAACCAAAAACACACUACUUCCUCGCUGUGGAUGAUUCCAAGAACACUUUUGAAGACAUUGUGAAAGCCAUUGCCUCUGCCCUGGGUUCUGGACAAAUAGAAAAAGUCCCAAAGGAGGAUGCCUGUGGCACAAAGGCAAUUACGGAAACCGACCUGCUUUACCUCAGUGUCAACCUUCAGACUGAGUCUGUUUUCUUAAAGGACAAAUUAAACCUCCGCUGGGAUUAUGACUCUGGGAUAGUUGAUAACAUAUUUCGUGUGGUGGAGGAAUACAAACAGACACGGCAACUGUUGCCAAUACAAAUCUGUCUUCUUGGGCCCCCUGCUGUUGGCAAAAGCUCAGUUGCUGCAAAGUUGUGCAGAUAUUACAAACUUCAUCAUAUUAAUGUCAAUGAAGCCAUCGAUGAGAAAGUCAGACAACUGGAGGAACUGCUUGCGAGCAGUGAGAAGACACAGGAGAACGAGGAAAUUCUCACUGGUGCCGAAGAGAAGCUUAACACUAUAAAGAACAACAUGCUUCAGAAUGAUGGCCAGUUGGAUGAGCAGCAUGUGAUGCAUAUCAUAAGGGAGAAGCUAAACUCAAUGCCUUGCAGAAAUCAAGGAUUCGUUCUGGAUGGAUACCCAAAGACCUAUACACAGGCUAAAGAGCUUUUCCAUGAUGCAAACAUGGAAGUAGAAGAUACCAGAUCUACAAUAUCUCAGUAUAGCAAAGUGUUGAUUCCAGGGUUCGUCUUCUCACUGGAAGCCACUGAUGAAUUUCUUAAAGAGCGUGUCCGGAGUCUCCCGCAGAAUGUGGCGGAGGAAAUGCACUGCACUCAAGAAGAGUUUACAGAGAGUCUUGCAAAAUUCAGGGAGACUUCGCCAGAAGACGAGUCCGUGCUUGACUACUUCGAUGAACUGGAAAUCCACCCCGAACACAUCGACGUUGAGAACGUGGCCGCGGUGGAGAAAAUAAUUAAGACGGUGGGGCGGCCCAUGAACUACGGCCUGAGUCCAGAGGAAAUGCAGGAAAAGAGGAAGAGGAAAGAGGAUGAAUGGCACCAGCAGCUGAAAAAGGAGGAAGUUGAGAAGGAACUCGUGGAGAAUGAUAAAAUGGCUGCUCUUUUGGACAAAUGGAACAGGAACGUGGCCGAGGUGAAGAAGCAGGAGCAUGAGCUCUUAGAGACACGAUCUGUCCCCGUGAGACACUACUUGAUGAAAUACGUCAUGCCCACUGUCAUACAAGGACUGGUGGACUGCUGUAAGGUCAAGCCUGAAGACCCUGUGGACUUUUUGGCUGAAUACCUCUUCAGGAACAACUCAGAUGAUUAGCUCAUUCUGCUAUAACAAGAAAUGUAU